AUGGCUCCGCACCACAACAUCAAGGCCCGCAUCGAACCAGCACCACGCCGCCAAGUCACACCAGCCACGCUAAGCGUCGCCGCCCCAGCAGCACUAACAUUCAAUUGGACAGAACAAUGCGAAGACGCGUUCAAAAACUUAAAAAUAACCAUCACAACCACUACCACCACAAAGAUGGACAACAAGAAGAUCGAGCGGCAAUAUAUAGAAGUGGCCAUGCGUAAGCCGAGCGCCGUCGGACCCAGCCCAGCGCAACAUCGUCCACCAGAUACUCCGCACCGCAGCGCCACGGCCCCUUCGCAACACCGCGGUCCCUCCGUAACGCCACAGGUUCGCACCGCAGCACCACGACGCACUUGGCGGCACCGCGUGCCACACCCGCCCCAGCGCAGCACACAAACAGCGGAUCAGGGUAAAAUAUAA